CAAAUGGCAUAACAAAAGAGCGUUAUUACAAAGGAAUAAAGGUCACAAUGGCAUUGAUGGUUGUAUGUUGAAUUUGUAAAAAUAAAGUAUGGUAUCCACAGGGCGAGCGCUAAGGGUGGCGGCACACGGAUCGCACGCGGCAGCACACUCCAGUGGCGUCGGUCCACGCGCAUGCACGUGUCGCCUCCAGAUACCGACGAAGUGUGGCCAAGACAUUGAUAAGACGUGCCUUAUUAUGCACCUUAAGUGAUAGAGUGACAAUAACAAACACGGCUAGUGACGGUAAUUAAAUAUUAGUGACCGUAAUAAGUGAUAGAUUUUUUUGUGUAUUUGAAAAAAGUGACUAUGGAAUACCAUCACCGUCAUAUGGAGCAGUCCAGUUCCUCGCUGCAGCCUCAUCAGGGGCAGCCCCAGUGGGGGUACGGGUGGGGGCCGCCGGCGCCGGCGCCUGCGCCGCCAGCUCCUGCGCAACGCAGUAAAAGAACCCACUCGGAGAGCGAAGACGAUGCGUUUUCAGAAGAGAGCAGCAAAGAUGCGCAAUCCCCAGGUGGCGAUUCGUGCCAGCUGAUGACGCGGAAGCGACGGCGCGGCGUGAUCGAGAAGAAGAGGCGCGACCGCAUCAACACCUCGCUGACGGAGCUGAAGCGACUGGUGCCGGCCGCCUGCGAGAAGCAGGGCAGCGCCAAGCUGGAGAAGGCGGAGAUACUCCAGCUCACCGUUGACCAUCUGAAAAUGUUGCAUUCCAAAGGUCUGGAUACAUUCGCGUACGACCCCCAGAGAUACGCCAUGGACUACCACAGCAUCGGGUUCAGGGAGUGCGCCGCUGAGGUCGCGAGGUAUCUAGUCAGCUGCGAAGGCCUGGACAUCCAAGAUCCUUUACGCCUUAGGUUAAUGAGCCACCUUCAAUGCUUCGCUGCUCAGCGGGAACUAGCAGCGAAGUCAGCCAACUGGGGAUACCCACAGUAUCCCUCGACGCCUGUACCCCCGCAGCCCCAACAUGGAUACACGGAGUUGGGUCACAGGCAGGAAACUGCGACGAGUACCGCCACAGCGACAGUGACGGCACCCACAGCGAUAGCGGCACCUUUAUCAGCACCUCCAACUUACCCACACUACCCCCCAGCGCCUCCAGCCCCUCCCGCGCCCCCCGGGCCGCACCCCGCCCCGCCGGCCCCUCACUACCCCGCGCCGUACCCUCACCAUCCGACGCAUCAUCAGUACUCCCAAAACAGUUCGAAACCCUACAGACCUUGGGGCGCUGAGUUAGCCUAUUAGAACUGUUAUAUCAAAUUUAAUUUAUGAUUCCAUUUAAAAGACAAAAUUUAACCUAAACGAUGUAGGGAGGAAGAGAUUGUUAGUAAUGCAGACUACCAGACACUUUGCUAUCAAUAUACUUUGUCAGGUCGACCUCCACAAAGUCCCUUCUGGAAACUGUCGUGCUGAAUUCCAGGUGUAUUUAUCACGGUGGGCUAACUGACUUGCCUUUUCAUUCUCACCUAUCAUCCCUCACUGGUGCCCCGCUAGCGUAUACCGUUAGCACAGGCGGGGUUACCGAAAAUUUCAGAAAACGUAACAUGCAAGUUGCCCGCAUUUCACAUAGCAUUAUUUAUUUAUUUAUUUAUUUUUAAAAGGUACGUCAACAGUGUAAAUACAGACAUUAAUUUUAAUUGAUAUACAGGGCUUGCAUCUUGCAUUUGCACCAAUUACAAAUGUACACAACAUUUUCUUAAGUCAUCGAUUACAUAUUAACAAAACUGACACCAACAGAACAAUAAAAAAAAACAUACAGGCGAUAACAUAAGACAAUACUUAAAAUAUACAAUUAUUAAAGUUAUUAGAACAGUGCACACAGAAUUAAAAUUAUUGGUUGUGGAAAAAUUAUGGUAGUAUUACGAGAGAACUUUUAGAAUUUUUGAAUGACUUCGUACAUAGCAUGCCAGGUGCAGCCUACCGUCGUCUCUCAAACACAUUUGAUAUAUUUAACUAUUGUACUACAUUAUACAUAUUUAUAUAAUAUAAUUAUUAAUAUUUAUACAUUAUAAUUACUCUAGCCACGAUAAAUUUAUAUCGCUAAGUCAGUGAAAACCUGUUAUUGGCUUUUUAUAUGGAUAAGUUGUUAUUGUUUUUUUUUUUAGCUAUAAAUUGUAAGCUAUUGGUUUUCCAAUAAAUAAAUAAAUCACAGAAUUGAUCGAAAUAUUUAAUAACUCACAAAUUUGUCGACUAGAACAUGAACUCACGACCUCUGCGAUUUAAUAUAUAAAUUGCCCAACGUCCCAAAAUUCCAAAUUUAUUCUCGUUGUAAUAUUUCAUGUAACGAAACAUAAUAAACGCAAUUUACGAUACUUUUGUGUUGGAAAACGAAUUUUAAUAAAUUUUUAUUUCAUUCAGCCUUCAAACGUUCCAAGUAAAAAGCAUCGGAUCAUCCGCCUAUAUUAAAAAUGUCUCGCAUCUCACGGUAAUAGCAUUUUUAUAAUGUAAGCCAUAUAUUUAGAAAUCUUAAUAUCAUCGUUUUUAAAUUACAAACAAGCCGAGUUCGUUUCCUAUAUAUACCUAUCAACAUUCUGCAUAUUACGAGGACACGAUUAUAUAUCAUAUCUCAAUAUCCUUUUAAUGAUAUCUACCAGAAUCUACCAGAGGGAGACUGUACAAAAGUCGAUUGCUUGGGUACCUCUGUCCCAUUCUUGUUUCUACCGUGAAGCAGUUGUGUUUGCAUGGCUGUGUUUCGGUUUGAAGGGUGGGAUAUAGAGUGAAUUUACUGGGUACAGAGGAAUAACAUCUGAGUCCUCAGGAAUGGCAACGCAUGGGGGGUAUCAUGGGCGAAACCGUAUACUCUAUUAUGUCCGUGGUACUGCUCAUGUCUAUAGGCGACGGUUACCACUUUCUAUCAGGUGGGCCGUCAGCUUGUUUGCCAUUCUAAGUUGUAUAAAAUUUUUUUAUAAUAAUGGAAUGGUAACCCCACCUGCGUUGACGGUAUAGGUACACAGGCGAGGAACCAGUGAGGGAUGAUAGUUGAGAAUGAAAAGGCAAGUCAGUUGGCCCAGCACGAUGAAUACGCUUGAAAUUCAGCACAAUUGUCUCCAGGGGUGACCACGUGGAGGUCGACCUGACAGAGCAUAUUGCUAGCAAUGAGACUGGUAGUCCCCCAUAUCCCAAUAUAAGGUAUACUAUGAUUAUAUAUAUACUUUAUUGCACUUAUAAAUUACACAAAUAAUACAUUUAUAAAUAUUGUAAGCAAAUGUGGGUUUAUUUUUGCAAGAGAUCUCUUCCAGCCAACCCAAUAUAGUAAGAAAGCAUGUAAUUUAUAUGGAUGACUUAACUCUUCCAUCUGUGAGAGGUGAUUUAUACUUAUAUGUAUUUUUAUAAUUAAUUUUAAAUGGAAUCAGUCAAAGUUGUAACCGAUCUCAGAGUUUAAAAUAAAUGUCUAAAUUAUACAUAGUUUUGCACUGUGCUGUUGUAUUAUAUUAUAAUUUUAUAUAUAUAUAUAUAUAACUAUUUAAGUUGUGUGAUAGUAACAUAGUAUAUUUGUUAAGUCUAUUUAAAGUCGACAGUGUUAAAGCCAAAUUGUAAGCUUUAAUGGUAGGCGAAGUCUUUGAUAUAUCGUGUACAAAGUUAUUUAUAGAAAUAGAUAUUUAUAAAAAAGAAAAUAUUAAAAUAUGUGCUCAUUUGUUAUUGAGAAAUGGUUGUGAAAAAAGAUAAAGUGAUUAAUAAUUAUCAUACAUAGGGGAUCAAUUAAAAUACGUAAUUGGAAGAAAAUAAGUAAUAUUUUUUUAACAUCAAACUUUUUUAUAUAAAAGACAUAGAUAGAUACUCUUUACAGUUUCCUCUAAAAGAUUACAGUAGCAAAUUUAUUAUAAUAUACUAAAAAUUUUAACGUACUUUAUCCCUACGAUAUGUUGUUUACUUUAUAUAGAUACUCAAUUAACUUUACUUGUGUGUUCAAAAUAGCUUAAUCGACAAUACAAUGCUUUGAUAUGAUAUGCAAAGAUGCUUUUUUUAAUUAUAAAGCACUAUUAUACCUACUUGUACAACAAUUAGUCCAUUACCUUAAGGUUGUCUUGAAAAGAUUGCUCUCAGCAAUAACACCGCCUUACUGUACUUAUACAAUUGUAUCGUUGUGUUUGUAAAUUGUCUUGUUUAUUUCCUAUAUUGUAUAAUGCAAAUAAAGUAUACUCAUUCAUUCAUUCAUACAAUAUCAAUUAACUGUACAGUAUUGUAAAUACACAAAAAAGUCUGCGA